GGCCCGCUGGUUAUAUAAUAUACUAUGCCUGAGGCCUGUUUUUCGCCCAUAAAACGGGCUUGAGAAUGCAGCAGCAGGUCAGUGAGCUUCAACGCUUUCUCCAUUUUACCAAGCACGGUUUACAACAUGUCUUCUUUGUCCUCCGCCGCUCCCGCGCGCCCUGCUGAGCACUCUGCUACACCCGGCCCUGCUGCUGGUGUUGAGAACCGCCCUGCUAACACCACUGCUACGCUCCUACCGCGUCCCUACGUCCCAGAGCGGGUUACUGAGCCCUUUACCUCCGCUGCGCGCGAGUCCUUCAGCGCCAUGAUCGAAGCUACUGGGGAUAAUACAAGGCACAUUAGUGCUCUGCAGUACUACGAGCUUCGACAGUGGCUCACUGGCAGGCCUACGAGAACUAACGUCGAUCGCCGUGCCCGCCGUCAUGCCAAGGAUAACUAUACCUUCUAUGAGGGAGAAGGUGGCAAAGAAGGCCUGUAUAAGAAGGCCGGUGAGGGGACGCACACCUAGAUACUGGCCAUACUGCUAUCGAAUCAACAUAUAAGCAUGUUGUUUCCCAGCACUACGGUGUUACCCGUAACGAUGUUGCGUUCCUCCUACCCCUAUGCCAAGUGUGUAUUCGCACGAGGAACCACCCUACUGCUCCAGCGCGGAUAACGCCGAUCCUCUCUAAGGAGAUAUUUGAACGCC